UUUUAGCACGGUCUUCCAUACAAGAUUACGACCGUCCUUAAACCACGGCGCACUGGCCGCGACUUGCCAUCCUGCAGCUGAGCCACUGAGAGACAGAUGUCGCCGGAUCCUGAACAUUCAGAGGAAAUACCAGGCUGGUUUUGAAGACAGACUACAUCAGAUCUGCUUCUCAAUUACGUGGCUACAUUUCAAUAAUCUCUACGAUAAAAUAAUAGAUCAUUUAAAAGAAUAGAAGCGGACUUUCACAUCUGCGGAAUAAAAACUGUGAUAGUAAGUUCGUAAGGAGAGUUGGGAUUACAAGACGACCCAUCACUGAGGUGUGUGUUUCGUAACUUGUUUACUCUCUCCCUGUCGGCCUAUCGUUGGGUACACCGGGCAGAGAUCUAAACAGUCGAGUAGACCAGGCACAGAUCUAAACAGUCCACGUCACGCUUGCCUGCCCCAGGCCACUUCCGCCGAUUUUGGCGGGUCAUCAAAAACCUUGGCAGGUGGUUACGUCAGCCCCGAUUGUUCCUCUGCGACGCUGCCAGUCGGUCGUUAUCUUUUCUUUUAAUUUGUUAUCAAGUUGGUCUUCCACUUCACCGUUUUCCAACUGGUCUCCCACUUCACCGUUUUCCAACUGGUCUCCCACUUCACCAUUUUCCAACUGGUAUCCCGCUUCAUAUUAUUUUUUUCAAUUGGUCUCCAACACCACUAUUUCGUAACUGGCUGCACGAAAAGAAACAAACAAAAAACAACAUUGUCCCAGUUGGUCUUCCUCUUUUUCUUUAUCCAGUUCGUCCUCAAUACCAUUAUCUUAUUCCUGGUUGUAUAAAAGAAAAACCAGACAACAACAAGAGAAAACAAAGACUAAAACAAUGGCCAGGAGGUGAACCCACAAGAAAAUCCCAAUAUAACACAAAACAAAGACCAAAACAAAACAAAGACCAAAACAAGCGCCAGAAAGGAACCCACAAGAGACAACAAUCACCCAAACAGUAUGAGGCAGGACGUGUUUACCAUCACUCCCUCCACCAAAGCGCACGGGACACAACAAGUCCCUCCAUCACCUGGAGGGAUCCUCAAGACUCCGGGGAAAGUGAGCUGUAACCCAAACGGCAAGUUCCGGCCUGGCCCGCAGGGGGCGGGGAUGAGGCGGAGUGUGUCGGUGGAGAGCACCUCGACCUUUGACCCCUCGGAGCUGGAGAGGCCAGGCAACUUGUCCAGUCGGCAGAGAUGCCAGAGGCGCCUGUCUGUGCUGCUCCACACUCACGUGGUACUCAUCCUCGUCUGCACGCUCGCCGCACUGGACGCUGUCUGCGUCAUCGGUCAGCUCAUCUGUGACAUCCUCAUCAUGAGAGAAAAACUGGACCACUUCGAGGUCAUCGAUGACCAGUUGACAGACAUCCUCUUUGACCACAUCCCUAAACUCAACCAGUCCCUGCACCCCAAGUGGAACCUGGACGCCAUCUUGGAUGUCCUAACAGGCAGGGAUCACCAUAGCAACGACGGGCCGGUACCCACGCCAGCGCCCCUGGCGUCCAAUUUGUCCAGGUUUCGUCCUGGUGAUUCAAGAGAAGGACCACGUCCAGCUGAAGAUCGUCAAGCAACGACUGCGCCAGUCGCUGAAGAAAAGCAAGGAGUUCACGGACAAAGCUUCCUCCUACAGGGCAAAGCUUGUCGGAGAGGAAGCAUCCACUCCGUCCUUGAGAGAGCUGCGUCCUUGACCUUCAUCUCCACCUUGUCCAGCAUGGGAAGUCUGCCUAGUCUGUUCGACAUGGGCGAGAUGAGCUCAGAUGAGGAGGACUCCAGCAUCCUGUUUUCGAUGACGCAAGCAAUUCCAGCACCAAAAGCUCUGACGUAAAACACAGCGCCGACAAAGGCAAGCGGGAAGUGGAGAGAACAAGCAGCAGCGACUCGGCGCCCCCAAGUUAUCACAUCGCCGUAUCUAAGACUGACAGCAACACUCGGCUGUAGACCAGGGGCGUCACCAAGGACGGACAACGUGAUCUCUCACGGCAACUAGGGCCAUAACCAGGAAUGGAACAAGUCACCUUCAGCAACUCAUCGUCAUCAUCAUCAUCAUCAUCAUCAUCAUCAUCAUCAUCAUCAUCAUCAUCAUCAUCAUCACGUGCCAGAUCUGCGACAGACAUCGGCAAUCAUGGUUCUCCAUUCAUUCCUUUGCUCCUAUGCUCUGAGAAAAGCUAUAGGCCUAUUAUCAUCUUGACAUUUCCCCAUCACCCAUCUAUAUAUGCUCGCCUAGUAACUUGCUCUGGGUCUACCCCUGCCUCGUUUGCCUUCGAUGUUACAAGCGAGAGCUAGAUGUUCAAGGGACCUCAGUAACUACAAGGACAAGGCCAAACUUUCCUUUUACACAGUGUGUCCAUUGGGGAAUCGGGUCGGGUCGGGUUGGUUUGCUAGCUAUAUUGAGGGCGCAAAGCAGCUAUCGUUGCACAAGCCGAUCGCACCCGACUCAAUCGUCGCCUAAAAAAAAAACGAGCUUAUUUUCAGACGACGAAUUGGGGUGAUCACCCCCGACCCAAUCCGACCCGACCCGACCCGACCCGAUCCCAUCUGCAAUGGGCACCACGUCGCGACCUCAAUACUUUCUUGUAUCUCCAUUUUAUUAACAAUGAAAAUGUGACUUUUUCUUAAGCUCACUCAUUGUUAUGGACUGUUUUCCCUGUUAUUGAAUGUGGAGAUAGGACAAGAAAGCACAGAGGUGGUGACGUACUACACGAUAUCCGGAGAGCGGAAGUCGUCCCGCGGUUCUGUGGAAGUCUGGGGACCAGCGACAGUGCCGAGAGAGAUACCCCGUCUAUAUAUAGUCAUUGCCACUAGCCAAGGAGUACAAUGUUCUGUACGCUCAGUGCCUUGUUUUGGGGAAUUUGAAGUUAGAAAUUCUGAGUUUCUAAACAUGGUUAAGAUGUUUUGGAAUGCAGUUCUUUGGAUAUCUUGAUAAGGACUCCGAAUAAUCGAAUACUUUUGAUAGAGCGGGUAGAACAUUCAGGUUUCUGAGCUCAUUAUGGUCUAGGUAUCUGAUAACGGCCAAAAACGUCUGACAGAACUUUGUGAUUUUAAGGAUGCACAGUAUGGAUGGUGGUAUCGUCCCUCACUAGUUUUGCCGUAUCUACGCAGCUCACUGGCGGGGUUAGAGAGAUGGAUGGCAGUAGACUCACUUAUCUUGGGAUUUGACAAAAGGUAGCGUAGUUUUAGAAAACAUUCUCCUUUCCAUUCUUCUCGUGUCAACUCCUCGAGAUUUUGUAAUCUGAGCACUUUU